UUCAAUCUGUUUAUUGUGUACAGCAGGGCAUAGACUUCUCUUGUCUUGGUUGGAUGCACAAAUCUGUGUGCAGUGCUUUUUGCCCGUUGCCUAGACGAUCACUUGGUUUCUCUGAGGAUGUCUGGUUCUCGUAAAGAGUUUGAUGUGAAGCAGAUUUUGAAAAUCAGAUGGAGGUGGUUUAGCCAUCAAGCAUCAUCUAAUUCUACAGUUGACAGCCAGCAGGGAGAAUUUUGGAAUCGAGGACAGACUGGAGCAAACGGUGGGAGAAAGUUUUUAGAUCCAUGUAGCCUACAAUUGCCUUUGGCUUCAAUUGGUUACCGAAGGUCCAGCCAACUGGAUUUUCAGAAUUCACCUUCUUGGCCAAUGGCAUCCACCUCUGAAGUCCCUGCAUUUGAGUUUACAGCAGAAGAUUGUGGCGGUGCGCAUUGGCUGGAUAGACCAGAAGUGGAUGAUGGCACUAGUGAAGAAGAAAAUGAAUCUGAUUCCAGUUCAUGCAGGACUUCCAACAGUAGUCAGACGUUAUCAUCCUGCCAUACUAUGGAGCCAUGUUCAUCAGAUGAAUUUUUCCAAGCCCUUAAUCAUGCUGAGCAAACAUUUAAAAAGAUGGAAAACUAUUUAAGACACAAACAGUUAUGUGAUGUAAUUCUAGUUGCUGGUGAUCGCAGAAUUCCAGCUCAUAGGUUGGUGCUCUCCUCGGUCUCAGAUUAUUUUGCUGCCAUGUUUACUAAUGAUGUCAGGGAAGCAAGACAAGAAGAAAUAAAAAUGGAAGGUGUUGAACCGAAUUCACUAUGGUCCUUGAUUCAGUACGCAUAUACAGGCCGCCUUGAAUUAAAAGAAGAUAAUAUUGAGUGCCUGCUGUCUACAGCUUGCCUCCUUCAGCUUUCACAGGUUGUGGAAGCUUGCUGUAAGUUUUUAAUGAAACAGCUUCACCCAUCCAACUGCCUUGGAAUCCGUUCUUUUGCUGAUGCCCAGGGUUGUACAGAUUUGCAUAAAGUGGCUCACAAUUAUACCAUGGAACAUUUCAUGGAAGUAAUUCGAAACCAGGAGUUUGUAUUAUUACCAGCCAGUGAAAUCGCAAAGCUUUUGGCAAGUGAUGACAUGAACAUUCCUAACGAGGAGACAAUACUGAAUGCACUUCUUACUUGGGUCCGUCAUGAUUUAGAACAGAGACGGAAAGAUCUCAGUAAACUUUUGGCUUAUAUUAGGCUACCUCUUCUUGCACCACAGUUCCUGGCAGACAUGGAAAAUAAUGUACUUUUUCGGGAUGAUAUAGAAUGUCAGAAACUUAUUAUGGAAGCAAUGAAGUACCAUUUAUUACCAGAGAGACGACCCAUGUUACAAAGCCCUCGGACCAAACCUAGAAAGUCAACGGUUGGAACAUUAUUUGCAGUUGGAGGAAUGGAUUCAACAAAAGGAGCAACAAGCAUUGAAAAGUAUGAUCUUCGUACAAAUAUGUGGACUCCUGUAGCAAAUAUGAAUGGGAGGAGGCUACAGUUUGGUGUUGCAGUGUUAGAUGACAAACUGUAUGUGGUUGGAGGAAGAGAUGGACUGAAGACUUUGAACACUGUAGAAUGCUACAAUCCCAAAACAAAAACCUGGAGUGUGAUGCCUCCUAUGUCCACCCACAGGCAUGGCCUUGGUGUGGCUGUAUUGGAAGGUCCCAUGUAUGCGGUAGGAGGACAUGAUGGCUGGAGCUAUCUGAAUACAGUGGAAAGAUGGGACCCUCAGGCUCGCCAGUGGAAUUUUGUUGCCACUAUGUCCACCCCCAGGAGCACAGUAGGUGUGGCAGUACUAAGUGGAAAGCUUUAUGCAGUUGGUGGUCGUGAUGGAAGUUCUUGCCUCAAAUCAGUAGAAUGUUUUGAUCCUCAUACUAAUAAAUGGACACUCUGUGCACAAAUGUCAAAAAGGAGAGGGGGAGUAGGGGUAACUACCUGGAAUGGAUUGCUGUAUGCAAUUGGAGGACAUGAUGCUCCUGCGUCCAACUUGACUUCCAGACUCUCAGACUGCGUGGAGAGAUAUGAUCCCAAAACAGAUAUGUGGACUGCAGUGGCAUCUAUGAGCAUCAGCAGAGAUGCAGUGGGGGUCUGCUUACUUGGUGAUAAAUUAUAUGCUGUUGGAGGGUAUGAUGGACAGACUUAUCUUAAUACAGUGGAGGCUUAUGAUCCCCAGACAAAUGAGUGGACCCAGGUUGCUCCACUAUGCCUAGGAAGAGCUGGGGCUUGCGUUGUAACUGUCAAAUUAUAAUAUAGUGCUUGUUUUCUAAAUGAAGAUUUCGUCUUCCUCAUGAAUUUAGUAAAAUUAUUCUCCUACCAAUGGAUACGUUUUUAGCCACUUUGCAAUGCCGCAUUCCUGGGCACGGAGUGCCCAAUCUCAAAGCGAAGCUGGUAAAACAAGGGAGGAACGAGAGGAUGACCCAGGAUUAAAUCCUACAUUUCUCAGUAAGUCAUUUCUCAGCAAAUCAAAACUACAGCUGGUGGACUGUGAGCAUAUGUUCCUGAUAUAACAUGUGAGGACAAAGGCACUGCUCCUCAACCCACCCCAGUGUUAGCUGGGAAUGUCAUCUAUUAAUAAUCAAUCACAUUUUACUCACUUUAUCCAGAUUUCUUUUACUACAGUGCACAUAUGCCAGAUAACACUUUGAACGUUUGCUUUGUAACUUUAUCGUACAUUAGUUGCCGUAAUUUUUAUCCAUUUGUUCGUUUAACCACAACCACUGCUUUAAUGACAUACUAAACACUAUGCUGAUAUUCAGUUCUUUUCAGAAAUAGCUGCAUUAUAUAUGCUUUGCUUGUGGAUUUUCUUUCUCAGUUAGCUUAGUCUCAUGAAUAAAGAAAAAUGAGAGUUAAAACAAUAAUGACCAA